AUGGCUACUUCGAAGAAGACUGCCAAAACUGGCCGCUUGAAAAGGUUGAUCAAGCUAUGGAAGCAUUAUUUUCCAUGCGAUAAAGUUUUAGCGAAGAGAAUUGGCAAAUCAACAGUCAACUCUACUGUUGCACUUAUUUUCUGUUUGAUUCCCAAAGUUCGAGACCGUUUAGGUACGGAACCGGCAAUGCUUCCGCUGAUAUCUGUUAUGGUUCAUCCUGGUAGACGUGUGAGUGGCACAAUUCAGGGAGCUAUAUAUUGUAUGACGGGUCUCGUAUUUGGGCUUGCGUAUGCCAUCUUUGGGAGAUUUUUGGCUCAGAGGUGUCUUGGGCACUCGUGGAAAUAUCUUUCGGAGUUAGAGCAGUACGCUGUUCAUUAUAAGAGGUUUGAAGCUGGGUUGGCGAUAUUAGCUGUUUUUGAGACACUGAUGUUGUUCUUCCAUGGCUGGAUGAGAUCGGUAUCGCACCACUAUUUUGGUAUAGUCUUUCCACUUUUUCUGGUUGUUCAUUUUGCUUUUAUGGCCCCAUUGACAGAAGAUUCAGGAGUAAUUGCAAACUCUUUUAGCACUCCAUUCUACUUAGGUAUUGCUAUGUCAAUCUUUUGGAAUUUGGUCUUGUUUCCAGAGUUUGGUAGUACUUUCCUCGGUGAUACUACUAUCGAUACCUUCAACGUGAUUCAUAAGGCAAUAGAUGCGUCUAUCAGUUUUUUCAUCUCGAUAGACUGUCUGGACGAAGACAAUCCCUACGGGAAACCACCAAUAUCACUGUCUAAGCUUCUCAAGAUGAAGACAGAGAUCAGUGACAAAGUUGGAAACUGUUUACUUGUCCUGGAUGAAUGCAUCUAUGAAAUAUCAUAUUCAUACUUGUCUCCAACGCAAUUAAAGCCUAUAAUCGACCUACUAAAGCCACUCAAUUUGUAUAUCAAUGGUCUGAUCAACGCUUGUCAACUUGAUUUCAUCCUGCUGGGAAGGCAGCAAAAUAGAGAAGGGGAUAUUAUGGAUGUACGCACCGACAAAGAGAUUGCUUACGCUGACGCUAAAAAAUUAAUCAAGAUCUUAAAAAGACUGAAGGCCCCAGUUUAUGGUCUACACAAAUCGUUGAGUGAAUCCAUCUAUAUCACGAAGAUAAUAUUAUCCUAUGCCUAUGAUGUGGAUUUCAGCCGUGUAAAUUUCAAUGAUAUGUUUCCACAUUCAGAUCUUCCCAAGUUCAACAGUAAAAAAGAGUUUCCAAACGAUUACGAUGUCGAAGGCCAUAUUACGGGGUUAACUGAAGCACUUGUCGAAUUCGAUUUGGCUUUCAGAGAGGAAAUGAUUAAUUUGGAAAUCGACCUCUUAAAUCCAGAUGACGAAAUGUUCUUACUUUCCUCUUUUCUAAUGAACUUCAAAGAGUCGGCCAAUUCUGUGAUAACCAUUCUUAAUAACGCAAAAGAGAUUUAUGCCAGUAGAAAGGAAAGAGAAAGCAAGGGUUGGUUACGUGGUAAAUCAUUUUGGUUUACAUUUCUCAGCAAUUAUCAAUCAUUCAAGAUCUGGUUUAAAGGUAGCCGCUCAAGGGCAAACUUUAUUACUGAAAAUGAGAGUUUGAAGGGAGCUCUGAAUGAUGAUAACAUUGGGGGCCCCAGUGAAAUGGUAGUCAGGCGACCUUCUCAAGAGGAGAACCAAAUACUCUCACAAACAAUGAAACCGCAUUCCGGCUCAUCUGAAGAUAAUGAGCUUCCAAUCAGUACAAGAGAUUCUUCAACUUCGAGCAAAAAGGUCCACAAGGAACCUUCAUAUUACUUAACUAAGCUAUUAUUAUCAAUGGACAAGUUUUGCAGGGACUCCAAAGCUCACUUUAGGUUCGGCUUUCAGGUGACGAUAGCCUUGAUGUUAGCUUCUUUCCCUAUGUUCAUGCCUAAGACACGCCAUUGGUAUAUCGAGUAUCGUGGUACUUGGAUUGGUUUCGUGUGCAUCUUAUGUUUGGAACCCUCUGUUGGUGGGACGUUUUGGGUAUUUUUCUUACGUGCUGUCGGUGUCAUUGCUGGUGCAGCUUGGGGUUACUUAUCUUAUGUUGCCGGUGUGCAUCAAACUAAUCCAUAUCUUGAGACCAUUAUCACAAUAUUUGGUGCCGUACCUGGUUUUAUUUUUUACUUGGGAACACCAUAUGUCAAGGCAGCCAUUAUACAAAUUAUCAGUAUCUAUAUCGUGCUGCUAGCUGCGACUUUGCCCUCACCGAUCAAGAGUUCAAUUUUGACAAGUUUUGCCAAAAGAUGCUUAGCUGUAGGAUAUGGAGGGGGAAUUGCUUUGAUUGUACAAGUGUUGUUCUUCCCGAUCAAAGCUCGUGAUCAAUUGAACGAGGAAAUCGCAUUCGUCUGUGGUUGUAUUACAGAAAUGGAGCUUCUCUAUGCAUCGGGGCUUGAAGAUGAAUCCGGUAAGGAAUCAAUGACUGACGCCAGGUACAAAAAAUUUACCAACAUUUCACAGAGUGCAAAGUCUGCGUUGGCUCGUGCAAACGCUUACAAGGGUCUCACCAGACAGGAGCCCAGACUGAAAGGCGAAUAUACCGAACUUGAGAAUGUUUUCACCCAAAUAAUAUUUGUUCAAAGGCAGAUCGUCGAUAGGAUGGAUAAUGUUGCCUUGUUAAGAAAGCAAUAUGGCAGUGGAGUACUUGAGGAGCUGAACAAUGUUGUGCACCCCUACAGGCGGCAGGUGGUUGGAGGCAUCUCAUGUUUAAUGAGAGCUAUUCAGGAAGCUUUUCUCACAAAGACUCCACUACCACAAUUUUUGCCUAGCGCAAGAAUUGCGCACAGAAGGCUCAUUAAUAUGGUCGGUAGAGCGCUGCACAACAGAUAUAAAAGUCGGUUGGACCAGUUAAAGCCCAGGCCUAUAACUGAUAAAUUUCGAGACGAAGACAAUAGCGAUAUUGAGGAAGAAUUGAUGAUUAAUUCUCGAAACGAGCGUAGUAAAGCCCAUAAUACUUUGUCUCCGCACGAGUACGCUUUAAAAGAAAGGUUUCUGAGUUGGAACGCUUCUAGCGCCGCGACUGAAGAAGUCAUAGAGUAUGUGGAAGAGUUGGUGGACCUAACCAAGAUCCUAGUUGGUAUCAAUGAAUUCAAGUACGGGUUCCUUUCUAGGCCGCUAUAUGAGGAUUGGGCCGCUGAAGCUGUCACAGGAUUUGACGACUUCGUAAAGGGAGCGGAACCGAAGAAACCAGUAAGGGCACGUAUGCCAGCUGGUGUGGAGACCUUAACUUCGGAGGACGAGGCUUCUUCAUCGGAGAGCACGGUAUCGACUGCUGAAGUAGAGCAGCCAGUGGCUUUCAACAGCAAGUACACAGACAAUAAUGCCCUCAACCUGGCCCGUAUUGCAUCGCACAAGGCGGGGCGUAACAGUGAAGGCCUACCGGAGAAAUUUAAGAAGAGAACCUAUUCCAUUGGUUCAUACACGGACUCUGUCGAUCAUAUGAGUGGAUUGUCCAAGAAAAAAACGCUUGGUGACGCAGAUUCAAGUUACUACGACGAGGACGAUGAUUCCGACGAUGAGCUUCCUUUGGCUUUGAAGAAAAUAAUGAGCCAUCAAGCCCGCAAGCAGUAA